GUACCGUGCAAACCGCUUGCGCGAGAUUCGGCAGAAGGAGGCGGAAGAAGCCAAGGUCGCAGCUGCAGAGGCGGCUUCAUCCGAAGGGACCACGGUGCGGAAAGCAUCUGAGGUUCGGGUCGGCACAAGCCCGUUUCAGGCAACCCGGUUGAUGCGCGCUUUCGACGUAUUCCCAGAAGAGGACUCCUUGGUCACAUUUUGGACCAGGCUUCAGGUCGAUUUAACUCGUGAGAGUGUUCGUGGCACGUGCCACCUGCCACAUGGCCUCAGCCGCGACGUAAGAGUCCUGGCAUUCUGUCCUGACGAUCAAGUUGAGGAGAUGCUCGCAGCUGGGGCUGAUUUUGCAGGUAUCACGGAGCCGCUCAGAAGAAUCAACCAAGGUUGGCUGGGCUUUGACCGUUGCUUGGCAACCCCGAGCAUUAUGCCGCGAGUUCUUUCGGUGGCCAAGAUCCUAGGACCCAGGAAGCUGAUCCCCAAUCCAAAGAGUGGCUCGGUGGUCACAAACCUGCAGGCCGCCAUCAAAGAGGCCAAGGGUGGGACGCUGUUGGAGUACCGUGCAGAGGGCGAGGGCGAGGUGAAGGCAACCAUUGCCGACACCAAUUUCUCCGAUGCCAAGAUUUUGGAGAACCUGAAAUUUCUAGUGCAGACUCUCCUGAGAGCCCGACCCCGGUCAUCGACAGCAGGCGAGCAAACCGAUGCGAUGCGUAAGCCGCCGGGCACUCCCUUGAUCAAAGGGAAAGGUCCUAAUCCCAGCGAGAGCAAGGACCUUUACUUUCAAGAAGCAUAUCUUCGACUAGGGACACGAGGGCCGCCCAUCCGCAUGGAUCCCGAGUCGCUGAUGCCAUCCUCUGUUGGAGCCCCAGAGCCCAUGGGGAAGAAAGGAGGUAAGAAGAAGGCGCUGGAUCCCGAGGCCGCAGCCAGGCAAGCAGCAGCAGAAAAUGAAGAAAAGAAGCGGAUGGAGAUGAUAAGGGAAGCCAAACGCCUGCGAGAAAAUUGUGAGCGUGAGGAGAACCACUUUCACCAGUUUCUGAUGGAAAGAGAGAAGAUAAACUACUUCUGGAUCGUGGAGAAGAAGACCCUCACAGAAAAGCAGGCUGACCUCCGAAACAAACAGCGAGAACUGCAAGAUCUCGAAGAGCGGCAGCAGAUCGAGCUGAAGAUGUUUCAGCAAAGGCUGAAGCACUUAAGAUAUCACCAGCAGGAUGAGGUAGUGGAGCUGAAGACUGACGCCGAGCUGUCUCUGAAGCUCCAGGAGGAUCAUCAUAGAAUCACAGAGGCUGAGAUCAAGAAGGAUCAACGGGCGCUGAAGAUGGAAAAGAAAGAAUCUGAAGUCGCACAGCAGGACUUCACUCGUAUGCUGAAGUUGGAGCAGGACGGGUUUGAUCGGAAGGCCCGCGACAUGCAGCAGAAGUACGAGCUGCGGAUGAAGACCAUCCGCGAAGAAAUGGAGAAGCAGAGGCGCAAGCAGAUUCAGAAGAUCGAGGAGUCCAAAAAUGCUCAGAUCGAGCAGGUUAUGAAGAAGAACAAUUUGGACUUCACGGAGAUCAAGGUGUACUACCAAGAGAUUACAGUUUCCAACUUUGACUCCAUCAAGCGACUGAAAGAGGACUAUGCAUCCAUCAAGAAAGAUGAGAAUGACGAUGCCAAGAAGAUGUAUGACCUCGAGCAGCGAAGCAAACAGCUGAAGGAGCCGAUGAAGAAGGCAAACCAGGACGUUGAACGGCUAGAGCGGGAGCAGGUUGCAUACGAGGAGGACAAGAAGCGCCUCACUUCCGUCAAAGAGCAGAUCAAACAGUCCGAAACGCUCCUGAAGCGCAUGGAAUUUCAGCACGAGGUUCUACAACAGCAGCUGUCCCAGGUGACAUCAGAGCGGGAGGACCUCUACACGAAGUUCCAGCAAGCGAUUUACGAUGUUCAGCAGAGGAGUGGUCUGAAGAACCUCAUCCUGGAGAAGAAGAUUGACACCGUAGAAGAGGCCCUGGAGACAACAGAAGCUCAAAUUACAGAGCUGCUGGCAUCCGCCAAUGCCAGGGAGUGUGCUGCCACCAUCAAGAAGCGAGUAUCGUCUUCCACGAGAAAGAUCGGAGUUGAUCCGACAACAAGUGCUGGCAUCACUCAGAAGCUGGAUCAGGUGAUUGCCUACAAGGACGACAUCGUCUCCCAGCUGGAGGAUGCCGUUCAAGGGGCAUUAGAAGCGACGCUUCAAAGCGAAGUGUCGGUCAAGACCUACGAGUCAAAGAUGGCAGAGUACGGUGUGCCUCCGGAGGACCUUUUUUCCCGCAUAGGACGUGACAUGAUCCCGCACUUGGCCACGGGUCUUUGCAGGAUUGCCGACUCAAGACCGAAUGCCAAGGUACCUGUAGCUGCACUGCCAUGGCACCUGCAUCGUGAGACAGGCGGCGAUGGCAGAGGAGCUCUUCUGCCACUAAUGGCCUCUAAAGGCAGAAACGGACCAACCCGCCCCCAUGUCGCGGUUCCUCGAGCCGUUUUGCUCACGAAGGAGGACUUGGAGAACUUCCACAACAAUGCCCUCUCACGGGACGCUGUCUUUUUCGUGCACGCUGUUAGACAUAUGCAUACAUUGACAUGUAUGUUCUUGGGCACUGCUGUCUACUCCCUUUGUGGUCAAGCUUUCCUGCUCGCUUCGAUGUUUCUUCCAGAGAGUACCAAAAUAGAGAUUUUCACUGACUAUUGGCAGCAAUCAUCGUUGCUUGACAGGCUCAAGUUUAUCGGCAAGCUGAGGGGAAUCGCAACAAAUAGUCGAUUUCGCCUCCUGUUGUGGAAAGCUGUUGGAGAAUUACAAUUUGCGGGGGCAUGUUAUGCCCGCAGCCAGCCGCACGGAACUGAGGCGAUCUCGGUGAAAGACUCGAUUGUGCAAUUCUCCCUGAGCUUGCCAAGCAUGAGCCUACACGUUGCCCAUUCCUCAAUACUGCCACUUGCAACUCGCCGAUGGCUUGCUGCAAAACAUGACAAUCGAGACCUCACAGCCUCCACAGGCCAGGCCAGGCCACGGCCAUACCCAGGAAGGGAAAAAGUCUGCUACACCGAGGAACCAAAAGCCCGACCACACCGAAGCCUCCAACGUUGUAACCGCGACAAUCAUCCUAACCGGGUCCUCCUCCUCCUCUUCCUCCGCAUCAUCAUCAUCAUCAUCGUCGUCAUCAUCAUCAUCUCCACCUUCGCCAUUGUCAUCAUCAUCCUCGUUGUUGCCGUCAUCAUGAUAAUCAUGUCCGUCAUCAGUUUGCAUCAUUCGCUCCCACCUUCUACGGUAUCAUGCAUCGCCAUCGUUGGCAGCAUCAGCUUCGUCGUCCUCGCCUCACUAGGGUUUAUUGUUAAUCUCGAACCAAACGUUACUGUUGAGGUUGACGGUGCGCAAAGAAGCUGA